UUUCCAACUCAUUGUCUGUGCUGUUUGCCCUUUUGUGAAAUAAGAAGGUUAUCAUUUGAAAGUACAUGAUGAAUUUUGUCAUAAAUUUUACUCUGUAAUCAAUAGUAGCUUGUCUUGAUGUCAAUAUUUGUUUGUUAAAGUUAAUUCUAGAGGGAUGUUAGGCUGCAGUUGGUAUGUUAUCAUUUUACAGUAGUUUAUUUAGUUGAUUUCUUGUUUGCCAAAUUUUGAAAGGUCAGUUAGUCCCAUUUGAACCAUCAUUAGAAAAUACAGUACAUGAAAAUACCAUAGUACAUUUAUCUAAAACAUUGAUAUGUAUUUGUCAAAAAAUUUUGGCAUUGCCUGGGAGGGAAAGUUAUUGAUUUCUUAGCUCCUGAUUUUUAAUCUUGAGUUUUGAGUGGCAUUUAUCAUCAACUUACCUCACUCUUUAUCUUAGAGAACCCACCUAGCCACCUUAUACUGAUUGCCCUCACUCUCUCUCAUUGUAGGUAGUGAGAAUUUGAUCCCUUAAACAGUAGACUUUGGAUAGGAAUGAAAAGGACAAGAGGAAUAUUUUUUUGUAUUUAUUUAUUUACCGGACAGUAUUUAUUAGGCAGAAUGGUAAAAUUGAAUGUUUCUGCUUUUCCAAUAUUUAAAAAAAAAAAAAAGAAAUUUAUCUUAUUUGAAGAUAAUUGCACCAGUCACCCCACUGAAAGUAGUCUCUAGGAGUACAGUAUUUGCGUCACUCCCUUCUCAAUACGUAGUUCAUGAUAUGAGUCUUUCAGGGCCACUGAUAAGAGGGGGUUUAUCAAUGGGUAUAUGAGUUGUUUACGCCAGGAAGACAAUAUGUAUGCAGGAGAGUUAUGCCACACGUAACGAUAAACGACAGAACGUCACUGUAUGGAGGUCUUGCUCCUCACCCAUGACCCUGGAGUGUUAGUAAUGUACCAUAGUGUAUCUGUUGUCAGUGAACACCAGUCAUGUAACACAUUUGAUCCGUAAUCUUUUCGAAAUUCACCUCCUGUGUUGAACGAGUUAAAGGCUUCUGCUGGGUGGCAGUAGUAAGCAGCACAUGAUCGCCAUGGGUAGUGACCAACACUUUUGCCUGCGGUGGAACAAUUUUCACAGCAACAUCGCCACAUCGUUUGAGCACUUAAGAGACCAUGAGGACUUUGUGGACGUGACGCUGGCUUGUGAGGGACGCAGUCUAAAGGCCCACAAGGUGGUACUAUCUGCCUGCUCCCCUUACUUCAGAAACUUGCUCAAGCAAAAUCCAUGCCAGCAUCCAAUAAUCAUAUUGCGAGAUGUGGCGUAUGUGGACAUGUCGGCGCUUCUCAGCUUUGUGUACCAAGGAGAGGUUUACGUGUCUCAAGACAGACUCUCAACCUUUUUACGCACAGCUGAGAUGCUACAUAUAAAGGGACUGACUGAACAAAACCAACACCAUCCUCACAUAGGUACCCAUCAGCUGCACAGAGAUUCAGUGAGUGGAGGAUUGGUAAACAAAGUUGUAAGCAGCUUAGGUGCCAUUGCUGUGCAGGGUCCGUCCUCACCGCGCAGAAGAUCGACACCCUCUCCAACAAGUCACAUUUUGCAACAGCCGUCCCAUAUAUCUCCACCACCCAAAAAACGCCGACCCACAAGCAGUCCAACCCACAACUUGCCACUUUCCACCGCAGCACCUUCUACCCCACCCCGCUCAGAUAUACCCCCAUCCCGUUUAGAGUUAAGUCCCCACUUAGAGGGCUCUACUUUAGCGGCUGCCCUCACGAAACCACUUAACCAAACCAAUCAGCGUGGGGACAACACUCCACGAAGCACUCAACAGGCAUCACCGCAACAGUUAGCCCCACCCCCUCUGUUACCUGCGUCCUUACCUGCCGCAGACGUGCCAAAGGUGAAGCAAGAAGAUGAGGGGGAGGGGGGAGGGGUAGAAGAGGACAGUCACAUGCCUGACCAGGCAGUCAAUUUGGUGACAGAAGGUUCCAUCCUCAGACAACGCAUCCAGGGCUACUCAGGAAGCUGUGAAGCAUCCCAGUCUUUGCCACCACCCCCCACCAGCAGUUCAAGCAGCAGGCCUUCGCCAGUGCUGAUUCCCUCUCACAUUGUUAAAGAGGAUUCACAUAGUGACGACACUAAUUUGGGGGAAGGGGGAGAAUUGGGGGAUGGGACUGGGGAGAAGGAGGCUCUGGCAAGCCCACCACCCAUGGUGAUCAGACCGCCACUCAUGGGACUUCUACCAAGGGAAGCUGCAGGGUUAUAUCCGGGUCCAGGAACUUCAGGGUCUCUAGGUCAGCAUGAUUCUUCUCAAGGUACCCAGCUGACGGUGAAAGUUGGUCGGCCGCGCUACGCUGGCCCCCGCGACUGCCCCCACUGCGGCAAGCGCUACUCCACCAUAGCUGCACUAAAAUACCACGUUGGCCUGGUCCAUAGUGUCUCCGACCAGGUGCCUUGUUUUUAUUGUCCUCAAUGGUUUGACAUAAGAACUGAUCUCAAGAAGCACCUUGAGGUGGCCCAUAACGAGCACUCGUAACGGUAACGUAAAGGCGGCUGCAGCCUUGCUCAGUGGGGGCACGCCGGCCAGCACGUCCGGCACGGUGGCGGGAUUCUCUUGUUGUUAUUAACAUCCCAUUCCUUCGCACUUUUCCCAGAUCUGUCGUCUUCCACCACACACACCAUACUUUCCGAUCUCUUUGUAAUUAUUUGCUUUCCUGGUGAACGUAGCGGACCUGUCGUUCCCAUCCUUCGUGGUGUGGUCACCAAUUGUUUCUCCAUCAAGGAUGUUGCCGCAUUUGUCGGCUGUCUUCCGUACCCUCAGCUUGUUGCAGUUUCUUCUCCAUGCCGCCAUGUGCGUCUACAUCAUCAUUUCCCUGCAUUUUUGUCUUCGAUCUCUGCCUCCUUAGCACUCUACGCCAUUCACUUCUCAUUGGUCCAUUCUUGAAUGUAACUGCUUGUAUAUUCUUCAUAUUUGUAGUUUAACAUCUUCAUGGUUACUCAGGAUAUUUGGUAGCAUUGAAUCUUCAUACUUUGUCUUCACUGCAUAUCUUUAGCAAAGGAAAUUAUGUAGAGCUUUUAUGUAGGAGCCAAAUUAUCAUCUUCCGUAUUGUGGUGUUUAGUGCAAUGUGCAUACUCGGUAACUGGAGCAUUGAGAUUUAGAAAUUGGGAGGACUCUGGUAUGUAUUUUUCUCUUCAUCUGGGAAUCUUAUGAAACAGUGGGAUGAGGUUGUUGAUUGGGAUUCUGUGCAAGUGUUUAUGACUGAAGUGUACAAAAGAUCCUGGAAAUAUUUUGAGAAAUUCAUUUAGAGUACAAUGCAUAGCCUCUGUAGUCAUCUUUUAGUCAUAUUUUAGUGUUGCUCGUUAGUAUUGUACUUAACUUUUCAUUGCAAGUAUUAUCCAUGGUGAAUACAAACAGUCGAAGGUAAGGCUUUUGGGGAAAUGGUAACGGAUCAGUAUUUAAAAAAUGUACUGUAUUAAAAACUAUGUACAGAGAUUAUAAGUUGAGCAAAAUUCAAAACGUCGUUAUUCAUAGAGCAUUCAGACACUUGAAGGGGAAUUGGUAACAGAUCAAUACUAUUACAAAAAAGUUUUCUUAUAAUUAUGUAACCAGGAAUGCUUAAAAACACAAUUUUGAAAGAUGUGGAGUAUGAAAUUCAUUCGCAAGCUAUGGUGGAAUGAUAUUUUUUAAUUUUCACAAAAUGAGAAAAGUGUGUUAAGUCUACCAAAAUUCUUUCUGUAUGUUGACCUAGUUAAUUUUGAAGAUAAAAACUUACAAAGUGAACAGUACAAUUUUUUACUCAUAAGCAGACUAGUAAAUUGGGAAGCUUUAAGGGUGAAACUCAAGUGUUUUUAAAUAAAUGAUUUUGCUCAAUUGGUCGACAACAGGGAAUGCACGUUAAUGAGACUAGCUUUGAUCAUUUUAAUAGGUCCAGGACUUAUAUAGUUUAGAAAUUUGCCCCUGCAGACCAGUGGUUGUCAAAUAUCUUCACAACAUUGUUAUUAAAAAGUUCAAUUUAUUUGAAACAUGUUGAAAGAUAAAUGGGGAAUGGAAAGUCUAGUAAUAGUUUUCCAGGAAAUUUACAUUUCAAACAUGUUCUCAGUUUUGCUUAUUUCUGGAGAACUGGAAGGAAUGAAUGAGCUACUAUUUAGACUCGUCUGGUGUUUGCUGCAAUUUUGUCCUGUUUUUGGAAUAUGGGUUAUACUGUGAUAGAAGAAUCUUAGAAGUGGGUUUAGAGUAGAUGAUUCAAAUAGGUUUCCUGAAGGUAAAGGGAAUGGGAUCUAAGUGAAAGGUCAGCAGGUUUGAAUGUAAUUCUUGGGGUUUUUUGAAGGCUAAGAUCAGGCUUGAAAAUUUAUCCCAAUCAGCUUGGGAAGUGUUAGCUGUUGAAAAAUUUUAAGCAAGUAGAAUUACAUUUUUUCAAAUUAAAAAGUACAAAUAUCAAAUGGCUAAUUGUACUAAAGGCUUUUAGAUUAUAAGUAGUCUUGUAACAGUUUUAGUCUCAAAGAACAUUGAACUGCAUCAGCUAGGAAGAUCUUGUUUGUUUAGGAACAAAAUUAGAAGUGUCCGGUCCUGAAAUCCAAAUGUUAAUAAUACACAAUAAGUAUUUAGGUUAUUGUGUUAGUUCUCAGAAAUUUCAGAGAGGGUAGGCUAGACAAUGAAUUUAGAAAGAGUCAGUGCAUUAAAAAAAUUAUACUAAUCAGUUUGUUUCAGGUAAUAGGCAUGAAAGUACUUCCUGUGGUUAUCACUUGGUGAAGAAAAGAACACUUACUCUGAACCAGCAAAUUUGUGACCAUGACUUGGCUGUCAUCUUCGAAGUAGGCUGGGUUGGUGGGAGUCAGGAAAGGGCUGGGUGGAUGCUGGUUAAGAUUUGUUGAUCUAAUUAUUUGGCCAGUUCUUAUGCGCUUCUUCGGUUCUUGUUUCUUAGUAGCAUGUGAGAAAUCUUACCCAGAAAGAUGUACAUAAUAGAAUUUCACAGUUAAUCAUCCCCUUAAUGCAUAGAGAUAAGCUUGGCUGAGUCACUGGGACCGAAUGCGUUAAAAUUGAUGAAUAGAUGAAACAAACGUAUGGAAGUUGAAUUCAUAAGUAAUAACUUUAACCCUAGGUAAUCCCUAUAUCUCAAACAGUUAUAUGGGUUGGUAUUUUGCAGAAGUAGUUAUUUCUUUAUACAGUAAUAGUUCCAUUUGUAGAGAAUUCUGUAAAAGUGAGAAUUUUGAAAGAGGUAAUAUUUGUAUUUUAUUGUGGGAUUUUUUCACAAAGUAAUUUAUGUAUGUUUAUUUUUGUAUUUUUUGUAGGAUGUACUGGAAAGCUCAAGAUGAUAAGUUAAUUUACAGUGCUAUUGAAUUAUUCAGCUUGAUGGAAGAACAUUGCCUUGAUUAUAUAUAGCAUUUCAUAUUCAUAACUUUUAAAACUUCAAGGAAAUAUGGAGUGGUACUAGGACUCUCUCUCUCUCUCUCUCUCUCUCUCUCUCUCUCUCUCUCUCUCUCUCUCUCUCUCUCUCUCUCUCUCUCUCUCUCUCUCUCCAGGUCAGUUGGGGUGUCCCCUUUUUUUAACCUGUAAAGAUCAACAGAUCUUGCAACUUUUAUUAAAAAGAAGAAUUGUCUGUUUUUAUAAAGAAAUAAAUUUCUAGAUGUGAUGACAAAUAGGGAGAUUGGGAAUUUCAGAUUCCGCUGAGACUAAAUGUGUUUUAUUAUGUUUUUCUUAUUAAUGAAGGUUUAAAGAUUAGAUGUUUUUAGCGUAGUGGUAAAUUGUCUAAAGGUCACUCGGGCUGUUAAGACUUGAGCAGUAUUCAAGUUGAAUCUUCUCUAGUAAAUAAGAUAGAAUUGCAAUUGCAUAAAUAUUAUUAUAGUGAAUAAACAGAAAUGGUAGUGCAAGUUCCUUGCUCUAUUACAUAUGACAUAGUAGUAGGACUGACAGUUUGAAUACAGCAAAAGGUCUGGUAUCAAGAUCGCAUGAUUGUCGUUGAUUUAUUCCUUGAGAAAAUCAAACUUGAUUGACCAAAGUUAUUAUUUAUUUUAGUACACCUCUAAAAUGAGUGCAAGAGAUAUUAAAAAAUAAAUUUUAUUUUUAAAUAUCAUCAAUUACUUUUAUAGGCUUCAAUAAAGUCAGAAAAUUCUGGCAUGUCCAAUUUAGCAGUUCUCUGGUAUUUUAGCAAUAAUUUACCUUAGAAAUAGCGGUAAAGGAACAUACUAGUAUAUUUCAAUGGGCGACACGGCUUCCUCGCCCAGAAAUAGAUUUCUCCUACGUCAAAAUCCCUUUAUUAUCCCAUGUGGGGAAGAAAGAACGCAAAGGUUAAUAAGCGUAAAGAAUCCUUUGAAAUAUGAAGAUUAAGAAAAAGUCCUUUAGCUGUUUACAUGGGGCACAGAGAAACAUACCAGCAUUUUUAUUUUUCACUCAAAAGAUUUUGAAUGAUUUACGUCCUUGUACAUCUACAACAGCAUUGCCCUGGUUAACUUUUUAAUAUUUCUGAAUUAUAAAGGUUGGGUAACCAUAUCUUAAAAUUAAUUUGGGCAAAAGGAAACUGUAAAGUACUAUACAGUAAUACUGUAUUGGAAAAUGUAUUAUAACCCCAAGUCCAAUGUCGUAGGUUUCUGUAGUAAUUUUCUUAAGGUGUGUUCUCAUUGUGCCCUAGGCUAACAUUGUUACAGUAAAUUUAUGUUAGUCUUUGCUCAAAAGAUUCAGUCCAUUCAGUUUUCAUGGUAGUGCCAGGAAACUGAUAAUUAGGCAUUAGCAGUUGAUGUUGCUGACAGUGUACCUUAACUUAUCUUACAUACAAGUAUUUAGAAAAAAAUUUUGUGAUCUGGUAGUUUACUACGUAUUAUCCUUAUGUGCAGUUCGUCACAGGUUGGAUUAUUUAUUUAUUUUAAGCAGAGGGCAGAGGACAAUGAGCUUUCAGUGAUAUUAGGUAGCUUUGCAUUAUGGUAACCAACCCCCUAUCCCCACAAAAAGCAAAGAAAAAUUGCAUUUGACUGUCAAAAGAAACAAUACAGUACUGUAAUGAAAGCAAAGAACACAUAUACUAUUUAAUCAUAACUUCUUUAGUAGCUCAUUAGGCAAGGGAAAUACAUACAGAAUUGUCAUAUGAAUUUCCCAGGGAGUGUAAAUCUCCAACUAAUAAGUGCUUGAAUUUGGUGGCUCUUUAGAUAUGAUGAAACCCUUGUUACUCCAGAUUGGUUAGGCUGCAGGCAAAAUGCUACUUGUAGAGAAAGGAUAGAAAAUGUAAAUCAGGUCACAUAGCCAAAGUUUCAGAAGGAUGACAAUUGUUUUAGUAUAGCGUGAUUACUAAGCGAUCAGAAAAAUACCCUGUGAUUGAGUCCCUUUCAGAAGGGACACAAAAAGGAUCACCUCAAAUGUAAGGAUAUUGUUCUAGAAGAUGGAUAAGUAGUGCCAGUGUGGAGCUUAUAAAAAAGUUGAAAAGUGCUAGGUUACAGUUUAACCCAUAAAAUGCAAUUAUAAGUACAGUAUAUACUUGUUUACUGAUUGAUGGUGUCACUUACCUGAUGUUGAAGUUUUGAUGUAUGAAUGCAUAUUAUUAUGGUUUUUUCUGUUAACGUGAUUUUUCCUCGAUAAGAAUAAUAGUACAUACUACAUACAAUAGAAAUAUUUUAGAUACAUACUUUUUCUAACCUAAUUUUCUUUACAUUGGAAUGAAUCUCUGUUGUUUUCCUGGUGUGUUGCUUCAGUUUGUUAUUGUUUUCCUGAUGUAUUGCAUCAUUUUGUAACUUUUCAUGGCAAUUUGGCAUGUAUGUAAUACGUACCAUGACUGUUUUUGGAAUAUCAGAUGUUUGUGCUACACAAGAAAUGUAAGAAUGAAUGUGUGUGCAUUUUCCUUAUACGUAUUGCCAGAAGACAUCAUGAGAAUGUGAUCUUGAACUCAGUGUGCAGGUCGAGUUUGUUAACAAUACUGUCAUUAUUUUUUCAUAGAAAAUUGGCGUAUCCAGCGGUAUAAAAGCUUUUACAGUAUAAUUGGUAAAUCAUUCAGUUAUGAGUUCUCUGACCUCCGUCAGCCACCUUUCAAGGCACAACAAAUACAGUGGGCCCCCCAUAUUCGCGUUCUCCAGAUUCGCGGACUCACUCAUUUGCGGAUUUCUCUCGGGAACGAUUCCCCGCAUUAUUCGCGGAAAAUUCGAGCAUUCGCGGUAUUUUUCUAUGAGAAAUAUCCACAAAUUCUUGGUUUUUUUUUAUCAAUUUCAUCAUAAAAUGCACUUUGUGAUAAAACUAUUAAAAAAACCAAGUGUGAAAAUUUUUAGUGGUUUUUCUUGAGUUUUAACUAACAAAAUAGGCUGUUUUAGUGUUUUUAUAGGGGUUUCAAACAUUUGCGGGUUCUAAUUAUUCAGGGGGGGGUUCUGGUACGCAUCCCCCGCGAAUAAGGGGGACCACUGUACGUAUAUAGUAGGUACAUCUUAAUUUUUUAUUUUUCUCUUGUGGGAUACUUAUUGUUUUUGUGAUAAAAAAAGGGCCUUUUGAAAAUAUUUAUUGAAAAAAUGUGAAGAUAUAUAAUUGAUUAAUUAAACUUAUAGACAGAGUUACGUGUUAAGUUCGUCAACUUUGCCUUGUUAGAUUGCUUUGAUAAUUUGGUUUCCUUGCAUUUUUAAUUACUACAACUAUCGAACAGUAAUCUUUGAAAUAGUUUACCUUUAGCAUACAUCAGUAUUUUGGGAAAAUUCUGAUUUUAAGUGGUUGCAAUUAGACUGCAAUUCUGUCGUACAGUAAACCACCCGUAUUCGCUGGGGGAUGGGUACCAACCCCCUACCCCCGCAAAUAGCUAAAAUCCACAAAUACUUAAAACGCCUCUAAGAAUGCUUAGAACUGCCUAGUUUGAUAGUUCAAACACAAGAAAAGGCCUCUAAAGAUGCUUAUACCGGAGUAUUUUAAUAGAUUUAUCAAAAAAAGUGCUUUUUGUCGCAAAAAUAUGAAAAUACAGUAAUUUUUAAAUAUUUCUCAGUGAAAAAUACCACGAAUAGGCAAAUUUUCUGUGAAUAAUGGGUAUAAACGGUCCGUAGAAAAAUCCUCAAAUAGGCGAGUCCGCGAAUAGCGACGGUCAACUGUAUACCCAUUAAAAACCUAUGACUUGGAUCAAUGUCAAACUUGUUUGUAACAACAUCCCUAUAAAUAUAUUAGCUUUUUUUUUUAAAAGUAAUCUCAUAACUGCUCAAGAAUGAAGUUUUCCAGAAAGUAACGUAGAUUAAGAUUCAUUGUGGAGAGAG